AAUGAGACUGUAUUUAUUAGUCUGUUUUUUGUGGUCAAACAGUGCACAAUGGAAGUCUCCAAUAGCCAAAUCAAAGGAAAAAAAUUGAAAAAAUUUCCCGGCGCCGUCCCCUUUAUCUUGGGUAUUUGUGGCAUCGAGAGAUACACUGCGAACAGUAUUGUUGCAAUUUUGGUCUUGUACAUCAAUACAAAGCUACAUUUUGACCAAAGUACUUCAACUGCAAUCAUGCAUGCCAAUGAUUUUUUGGUAUAUUUUUUCACUAUCGUUGGAGCUGUUAUUGGUGAUAGUUGGUGGGGUGCGUACAAGACCAUCACUUUGAUGAUGAUAGUCUAUUCAUGCGGGAUAGCAAUCGUUAGUCUUGGAGCAAUCGAAACACUGAACCUACCCACGAUAGCCUUGACGUUCAUUGGAUUAAUAGUAGUUGCCGUUGGUUCCGGAGGUGUCCGACCUAAUUUAAAUGCUUUUGGCGGAACGCAGUACAAGUUACCGGAACAGGCAGAGGAAUUGAAAUUUUUCUUUUCGAUUCAGUUUUUUCUCAUGAAAUGUGGCUCAUUAUUAGCUUAUUUCUUGGCACCAACAUUGCGUGGUGAUGUAAAAUGCUUCGGUAUGGAGGAUUGUUAUCCGUUAGCAUUCGGAGUGCCAGCUAUUGCCAUAUUUGUGUCAUUCAUCAUUUUUAUAUCCGGUACACGGUUGUACGUUCGAACACCGCCCAGUGGCAAUAUGUUGGUCAAAGUUUUCGCCUGCAUUUUCACGGCGGUGAGCCAAAAAUUCAAGCAAAGAAACAAAACUCCCAAAUCACACUGGUUGGAUUAUGCAGAGCAAAAACAUGGGAAGAAGCUGGUCGAUGAUACCAAGUCGGUGUUAAGCGUUCUAGUAAUGUUCCUGCCUAUACCAAUCUAUUGGUCUGGGUUUUUGUUACAAAAUUCCCGAUUCGUAUUUCAAGCGACUAGAACAAACGGUGACAUUGGUUGGUUCGUUAUUAAACCAGAUCAAAUGCUUAUCUUCAAUCCUGUGCUGGCAUUGAUAUUUUUUCCCAUAUGUGAAUACGUUUUUUAUCCGUUAUUGGCGAAGAUAGGAAUCAAAACCGUGCUACAGAAAAUGACGCUGGGCAUUUUAUUUGGGGCGAUAGGUGUCGGUUUCGCGGCAAUUAUUGAAACUCAAAUCGAGAGUAAUUAUAUCAGCAUUCUAUGGCUGAUACCGCAGUAUUUGGCCAUGGUAUUUUCAGAAAAUUUUCUGUACAUAGCCAAUCUUAAUUUUGCGUAUAAUGAAGCUCCAAAAGAAAUGAAAUCGGUGAUUACUUCAUUUGUGUUUGUGACAAUAGCUGGCGGUAACCUAAUUGUUGUGUUCAUAACGGGUAUGAAGUUCUUCAGCUCUCAAAUUUAUGAAUUUUUAUUUUUUACAAUUUUAAUAUUUUUGGACAUGAUAUUCUUUGGCUUUCUAGCGACACGAUACAAGUAUGUUCAAGUAGGGGAAAGUGAUGUGGAAAAGGAAUAAAUAAUUUUAAGAAAAAUGAUUUUUUUUUGUUAUACUG